GGCCCCUCGGCCCCGCGGGCGACGUGCUGCUGAAGGCCGACCGGGUGGAGGCCGUCCUGGGGAGGCUGCUGCCUCACGGGCAGCUGCUCUUCCUGAACGACCAGUUUGCGGCGGGGCUGGAGAGGGAGUGGAGCGCCCAUCUGGGCAAGUGAGAGGCAGGCUGCCCGCCCGGCCGUCUUCCGUCUUCCCCACGUCCGGGAUGCCCAGCCAGUUCUCGGUGCUUCGUUCUGUUAUUUGGUAUGGUCGAGAAACGGAUGGCUCGUGGGAGAGAAGAAAUUGGCAGCGCGCAAAGGGUGCCUUACCCGACCGCUUUUCUAAGAAGCCCCCGCUUUGCUUGUAAAAUACUAGGAAGCCUUUGGGUUGGGCUGUUUGUGUACGACCAGCAUCUUCGUCAACUGUCCUGUUGGUAUUUCCAAGAACUUUGUAAAAUACACAUUUGGGGCAAGAGUGGCUUUGUGUCCUGAUUUCCAGGGAACGGUCCAUCAGGGUCUCUUUCUUUGGAGGAGCAAAAAGUGUUUCUCCAAAGGCCAUCUAAUGCUGCAUAGAAACUGCGUCAUCCAAGGGCCAUUGAAAAUCUUUUCCAUUCUCUUGCUCAGGAAUAGGAUAUCCCGUCCGGGUUGACAUGAUCAUCUGACUCAAGACCAUUGCUGCUGGAACUAAAUAAUUUCUUAGAGAAGGAUUAGCCACUUCUGAGGUCCGGAGAAUAAACAAACUCCAGGCAGAUGUUAAUGUCCUGUGAAGGAAUGGACCAAAGACAAAUAGUAGGAGAGAAUUGACAACUUUAUCUUCUUCUCUUUUGAACAUACACAAGAGAACACCAGAAAAGCCUCUCUGCUCCAUCUUAUAAAAUGCCAGGAAGAGUUCUCUGUUAGCGUUUCUGCCCUGUGACCCAUCUUGGCUGUGCUGGAUUAUGCUCCUCCUAACCUCGGGGGGCUCCAGCUGUUGAUCAAACCACUUUGUAGCUCUCAGCUCCUCAGGAGAAUGAGGAGGAGCCAUUGCGGGGCUCAGUGAAGGAUGCUUGGGAACAAGGGCCCUGGCCUUGUUAAAGCCGUCAAACUGACCCCCACGCUUUAAGAGACAUAGCUGGCUCCAGCAGCAGUGGGUGCUUAAUGCACGUGCCCCACCUCCGCCGGACUGCAGAGUGCAGAACAGGUUCGGUUUGGUCCUUGUCAUCGGAGGUGUCUCUAACCGGGGUCACUGACCAUCACUGUAGGUUCCGCCACAGGUGUUGGGCUAAGGAUGUCCAGUUGCUUUUGGCAUCAGUCCACCCUCUUGAAGAACCCAUGGUCAGCCUGAGGAGGAGCAUGGCCAAUGCCUUAAGAAAACCAUCGAUCGGUAGUGGAACCUAUUCAAUGACAUCAGGUGAGGUGAUCCAACUGCCGAACUACAUAGAAACAUCUGAAAAGUCUUACAAACAGAAGAAAACGAAGUACCAAUCCAUCUUCAAGAAAGGCACUGUGAAGUCCUCUACUGGCUGGACGCUUUUUAGGAAGAGUCUCUACUACAUAUCAACACGAAGAAAGACCUGGUACGAUGCUCAGAACUUCUGCUUCUCCAGAGACGCCCACAUGGUCUCCAUCCUAACUGGCGAAGAGCAGAAGUACGUCUCUUCGCAGCUCAACGAGUCUGCCUGGAUUGGCCUGACCGAUGAAAAAGAGGAAGGCCGCUGGGAGUGGUCAGAUGGUUCCAGAUUAGCAAUACAGUACUGGGAUGCUGGCAGCCCCACCCUGAUAAAGCAGAAUGAAGAAAUGGAGCGAGAUUGCGCGUUCAUAAACCCUUUGUCUGGUGCACAUAACUGGAAUGAUGACAACUGCCAUGAUCUUAAACAGUGGGUUUGUAAGGAGAUCCUAGUUGCUGAAGAAUCAUAAUAUUUAAGCAAACCCUACUACCUGGAGCAACCCUAGAUGUGAAAACAGUUUUGUUUUUCUCCACCUAAAACAGUAAAAUAAUGAAGGAUA